UUGCCUGCAUCGGCAUCUGCUUCCGCUCCCGCAUCCGCAUCAAUUAUGUCUAAACGUAGUGAUCGUUUACUGCCUAUUCAUCCGAAUAAUUUGAAUAAAGUGAUACGUGGUGAGUGGGAGGCGAUUUCACAAUGGCUGUGUGAUGUCCUGUCGUCUGGUGAUGUCCUGUGUGAAGUUAGUCCAGUAUUCAGUUCAAUUCAAAGAUCUUGUAUUACGUAACUCGAAGAACCACUCUUCACCUGAUUGGUUAAAAUAAUCAUAACCAAUUGUAUUUUUGUUUGACAAACCUGAUGUACACAUACAUACAAAACAACCAUAUAUAUAUUUGCGAUUGUACAGUUAUGAAAAUGAAUUCACCUGAACUACGUGUUUUGUUUUCAUCUAUCGAUUUAUGAAAAGAGAGGUGAAAUGUUUGGGACCACGUCUAGUUAUAUUUUUCAAAACAUUCGCCUUAUUCUACGUUCUCUAUCCCAAGCAUGAAUCAACGAUUGGUUAUUGUCUAUUCAAAUGUGCACCAAUUUUAUCACUUAUGGCUUUUGUCUAUAUGUAUGGUGUAAAAUCCUCUCUUUCGAAACAAGAUUAUUCUAUGAAAAUUUUACUUGGCCUGUUAUUUUCUUGUAUAGGUGAUGCAUGUUUAGUAUGGCCUAAAUAUUUUAUCCCUGGGAUGGGUUUCUUUGCUAUUACGCAUAUCUUAUAUAUUCAUGCCUUUGGUAUUCGACCAUUCAAGUUACUCGUAUUAUUCAGCAUACUUCCAUGGCUUAUAUUUAUUUGUAUUUAUGUGAGAGAAGGUUUUAAUCUUCUUACUGGAUUAGUUUGCCCUGCUUAUGGCGUAUUGUUAGUUUUAAUGGUAUGGCGCGGUGUAGCUCAACUAUACAAACAUGAAUAUUCUAUACCGUGGACAUCGAUAUCUUGUGCACUAGGCAGUUUAUUAUUUGGUCUAUCCGAUAGUUUAUUAGCUGUAAGUGUAUUUGCCCAAGAGAAAUCAUUUAUGUCUACAUUGAUCCUGCCAACUUAUUAUGCUGGACAAUUGUUAAUCGCUGUCUCAGUUGUCGACAGUCAACUCACAUCGCUUAAAGCGAAUCCAACUGAUGUAAAAAGAGAAUAGAGAAGAUUCUUUCUUUCGUCAGUAGAUUAUGUGUCGUCUGCUUUUGUUUUUCUCUUCUGUUUUAUUUGUCUUUUUGUUUUGCGAAUGUCUAUUGUAUUUACGAUUUAUUUGUAUAUGCGCAUAUUUAAAGAUAGAAAAAUACAUGUCAGUUUAUUUUGCACUAUGUGUUCCCUUUUUUCUUCUCUCUGUGUCCAUCGAUGUGCAUAUAAAGUUCACUUAUAGAUUAUUUGGUUUGUUUGUGUUUUUUUCCAGUGUUUUUGUCUCCCUCGCCGCCCCCGCCGUCCCACCCACCCUUUUUAUGUGCCUGUUUUUGAUAGUAUUGUUCGUUAAUCAACCUUGCAUCGAUGUUGCACAAAAAUAUCCACUACUGAUUGAUGAAAUGUGUAGUUGUAUAGGACUCGUACUAAUCAGUAGUGUUUACUAACCGGCCAGCUAGCCAGACUAGCCACCAUCUACAUCGGAGUGGUCUAAAUACCACCGGACGGUCGUUUCUAUCGUCUACAGCUGAGCUCAUUAUCGGUGUGCUCUCCCACCCCCAACCCACUGACUCAGCUAAGAAAGUUGUAUUACAAGAUUUCAUCAUGAGCUGACAUCAGUUAGAGAAUCAUUGGGAAAUCA